GUUUCAAACUGUCCAUGAAACAUUUUUCAAAAUAAUGGUUGCUGAACAAAGAAUAUUCUUUCCGACAACUUCAUCAUCUGGCUCUACAGUUAUAAACACAUUAUAGUGAGUGAAUUAGUGUUGUUAACAACAUUAAUGCUUAAUAGCAUCAACAUAACAGUGCGCUGAAUAUCAGGGGAAUUUAGGGAAAUAAUAAUAUACAUUGCAAGAUUAGAUGGGAUACUUAGCGCGAGUUUAGUAAGUGCGCUACUUCUGCAAUGAUGAUUCGCUCUGCCUCAUUCGUUACAAAUAAUCUAUGGAGAGCACACUCAAAACUCAUUACAAGUCUGUACGCGAAACAAUGCGCCAAUCACUCUACUAAUCCAGAAUAUGCAAAUAAAACUGAACCAUAUGAAGUUUUUAAGUCGCGUUUCGUCAACGCAUUCGAUGAUCCGAAGAUUGAUGGUUGGUGGGCUCGAACAUGGAUGCAAAGACUUCACCUUGAAGAUGCUGUGCCACCCCCAGAAGUUGUGAUAAGUGGUCUCAAAGCAUGCAGACGCCUAAAUGACAUCGCACUUGCUAUUAGGUUCAUGGAAGCCGUUAAGUUCAAAUGUCAAGUUUGUAAAGGUGCAUGGGAAUGGCUUCAGAAAGAAGUGGAACCCACCAUGAAGGAACUGGGUCUACCAACUCUUGAGCAACUUGGUUAUGACAAACCCGAAUUGGCAUUACUGGACCAUGAUGAGUAGUAGAAGCACUCUGUAAUUUAGCCAAAUACACAUAGAACUAUUCUGCCCACUAGAUUUCCUGCUUAUUCAUACUAUAGAAAGUUGAUGUGCAGUGCAGCUAAUAAUGGGUCCUCUAAAGUACCUAUUUCUCAGUCCGUCGACUUCAUGAAUGCUACCAGUUAUUCGUAUAGUUAGGAUAGUUGUAAUUGUUCAGUGUCACGACUGACAGUGAGUAAAUAUAUUUGAAAUCGUGGUAUUGUUCUUUCAUCCGACGUUUGUAAUUGUUUUUCGCUACAUCUGUCGAUUAGUUCAAAGACGAUUAUUUAGUGCCGCUUCGUUAUCACGCUUUGAGAGACACAGUCACUUUAGCUGUGGUCGACUUAGCAAUUUGGGUCAGACUUCCGUCUGUAGGGAUGCAAUCUUCGUUCCUUUCAUGCUUAUGACUUCAUUCAUGUACUAUAGAAAACAUUGUGAUCAUAUGUGAGAGUGCUUACUUGUUAUAUGCACGCUCUUUAUCCGUAAAUAGUCGUGAAAACCCUCAUGGAUUAUACCAUGUGUGGAAUUCUAGAUAAUUAGCUUACUGAAGAC